UGUUUUGGAUCUUCAAAGUGCAGAAUAUAGCAUCACACAAAAAUAUAUGAACAGCUUAGGGUUGUUGUGCCGCUUGAAAUAUAUGAAUGUUCGAGGACAUGCAAGUAUUUGUGUGCUUCCAAGAUCCAUAUAUAGGAAAACUACAUGGUUUACAAUAUUUGGAUGUAAGAGAUAGUUCCAUCACAUCAUUACCAAUUGAGAUCACUAAACUUUAUAGUCUUGUAAGUCUUCGUUGUAGCAGUGAACCUGCUCCAGAUGUCCCACGAGAAGGCUCAACGCACACAUUGUGCAUUUGUGCAUGCCCAUGGUAUUCACUCCUUUUCUUAAUCCUGGAUUCCAUGUUGAGUCAGGGGGUGUGAAGGUGCCAAGAGGGAUCGGUGACUUGCAUGAUUUACAGAUACUAGAGGUUGUAGACAUCAAGCGAACUAGCAGCAGAGCAAUUAAAGAGCUGGGGGGGCUUAUGCAGUUAAGAAAACUAAGUGUUGUAACAGCAGGAGCCAACAUGCGAAAAUGUAAGGUACUUUGUGCAAGCAUUGAAAAGCUACCUUCCCUCGGUUCUCUUCGUGUAGAUGCUGGCACAAAUUCUCUCCAGUGGUUACAUUCUAUUUCAUCUCCUCCCCCAAUCUUGAGGAGCAUCAAGCUGGUUGGAUUUCUUGUAGAGAUGCCAGACUGGUUGGAAAAUUUGAUUCAUUUGGUGAAGAUCCAGUUACAACAUAGCGGACUGAAGGGAGGUAAAACCAUGGAAUUACUAGGGGAACUGCCCAAGAUCAUGUUUCUGGGUCUUCAUGCGAACGCUUAUGCUGAAGAGCAGCUAGUCUUCGGAGAGGAAGCAUUCCAAAAUCUCAGACAACUCGAUUUUAAUGGCAGUACUGGAGUGAGAGAGGUCAGAUUCGAGGAGGGCACCUCGCCCCACAUGGAAACGAUGCAAUUUGGCCAUUGCGAGUUGGAAUCAGGGGUCAUUGGUGUCAAGCACCUUCGAAGACUCAAGGAGAUUUCACUUGGUUCCGCUGGUAAAGUUGCAAAUCUUGGUGUGCUGCAAGGUGAAGUGGACGCGCACCCCAACCGUCCCAUUCUGCGACUCAAGGAUGACCGGAGGUACCACGACCUGGGUGACAUCGUCCAAGGAUCCACUGCUGCAGUACAAGCCGGGGAAUCAUCUCCCCAUCCUGACUCAGCAGCCGGAGAGAGCUCAUCCUCUCAGGUGAUAGUCCUGAGGACGACGGAGAUCGAGAUCAACAGGUCAGCUAACUAUUUUUCGCUUUCGUUCUGUAGCAGUAGAUAGUUAUCUGAUG